AUGUUUCGAACAGUGUUCUACGUUUUUCUGGCCCACUUCUUGCUUUCCUUUGCUCUCGCGCAGUCGUUCCAUCCUGGCAAUGUCCCCCUCAUUGCGCGCCAGUCCUACCUCAACGCCCGCAUCAACUCGCAGAACCUCUUGAGUACAUCCAACAGCUGGCCGGGCGUCUCUACGGCCACUGCCGCGGUUCUUGGCUGGGCAGGCUAUGUCAAAGUCGACAACGUUACCUACAAGUGGAUUGGCAACUCGCAGGCGUACAAUAAUGCGACUGUGGAUAUUAUGCCGACCACUGAGAUGUACCUCACGCCGACCCGCACUGUCUUCACAAUGACCGCCGGCACCGCGAUGACCUUCAACAUCACUUUCCUUUCGCCGAUUGAGGUCGGCGACUGGGAUAAGUGGUCACGCCCGUUCGGCUAUGUUGCCAUCGACGCGACCUCUCAGGAUGGGCAGGCGCACGACGUCCAGAUAUAUUCCGACAUCAGCGGAGAAUGGCUAUCCGGAGACCGUGGAAGGUUGAUCACCUGGCAGCUGAGCUCGACAAGCCCGAACGUUAUCCACAAUAUCACACUCUCCAACCCGCAAGUAUACACCGACAUCCUCGCGCAGGCCAACUGGGGAGCAUGGUACUAUGCGACGAGCGCGGGCGACGGUGUGACCUACCAAAUCGACUCGGAUGCCAACUGUCGUGGGCUAUUCCAAUCGGCCGGCAAACUCAAUAACACGGCUACUCCGCCUGGACGAGCCAUCAACGAUCGCUACCCUGUCUUUGCUAUGGUUCACGAUCUCGGCUCCAUAUUCUCCACGCAAUCGCCCGUCGUAUGGGCCAUCGGCCACGAUCGCGAGACGGCAAUCCAGGUCACUGACCUCACGUCGUCGAAGCAGGACCGCGCGCUAUACUACCGCACGAACUACACCACCGCCAACGACCUCCUCACGGACGUUCUGUCGGAUUACUCCGCCGCGUUUUCCCGCGCUGUCGCUCUUGACGCUAACUUGACUGCGCAAGCCGAGAAGGCUGCGCCCGGUGGCGACCUUGCAAACCUGAUCUCAAUCGCCGCGCGUCAGGUCAUUGGUAACACCGAGCUCACUGUUGGCCGCGGCAGCGACGGCUCCUGGAACAAGUCCGACGUCAUGAUGUUCAUGCGCGAGGGCGAUGGCAACUACAACCGCACUCAGGGCGUCGAGCUACUGUACGCUGCAUUCCCGCUGUUCCUCUCACUCGACCCUGCACUAGGCGCGCCACUUCUCGAGCCCUUGAUGCGCUUACAGAGCUCAAAGUCAUACGUUGUCGGUUAUGCGGCGCAGGAUCUGGGCUCUCAAUACCCGAACGCCACUAUCGAGAAUAACGACCAUGCCGAGGGUGUGGAGAUGACGGGCAACAUGCUCAUCAUGGCAUACGCUCAGGCGCACUUCAGUGGCGACUCGACAUUGGUAGAGACGUACUACUCAACUCUCCGGACUUGGGCCGACUACCUGGUCGCAAACAGCUUGAGUCUCGAGACGCAGCUCAGCACGGAUACCACGAACACGCGCAACCAGACCAACCUCGCUAUCAAGGGCAUCAUCGGUGUCGGUGCUUUCGCUCAGAUCGCCAACUCGCUCGGUGUCUCGGGUGAUGCCAGCCAGUACGGCAACCAAGCCAAGAGUCUGUAUACGCAGUGGAAGGCGUCAGGCGCUCUCAGCUCGUCUUCCGGCCUGCUCGCAAUGUUCGGUCAAACGAACACGUACGCAACUGGCUACAACCUCUUCGCGGACAAGUGGCUCGGACUCAAUCUCGUCGAGGAUACUGUGUACAGUGCACAAACGGCGCUGGUCAAGAACCUCCUCGGUUCUGGCACGACGACCUACGGUAUCCCGGUCGAUAGCACUGCCGGUACGAUCGUUGACGUGGACUGGGAUUUCCUCAUCGCCGGCUUGGUGAACGAUACCACCGUCACAAGCACCAUUAUGCAGCGUCUCGUCGCACGUGCCGGCUCGAACACCACCGGCGAUAUCUGGCCCCUUUCUUACGACAGCGCUACCGGUGCGCUUAACGGUCAGGUCCGUUCGAGCGUCGGAGUUGGCGCCGCGUUCGCCCCCAUUGCACUCGCACUGCCGCAGAAGUCAUUCUCUGCGACCAAAGGCUGGUCUCCGCCAUCGGAAGCCAAUGGUGGCAGCUCGAGUGGUAAGAAGAGCAAUGCAGGCGCUAUUGCGGGCGGCGUUGUCGGCGGCCUGGCAGGCGCGGCAAUCAUCGGCGGCUUGAUCUGGUUCUUCUUGCGCCGGAGACGCGAGAAGAGCAACCCUCCCGUCGCAGAUCAGUUCCUCACGGACGGUGGUAUGGGCUUCGUGCGCAAAAACAGCGACAACAGUGGUGCAACUGGUGGCUUCAAUCGCGACCUGCUCAUGCGCGACUCGCGCGCACCGAGCGCUUCAGGCGCGGAAUUGCCCGUGCUCACAUCCCCUGGUGUUUCCACCCCUGGCGCUUACACAACAUCGAGCCAUCCCUACUCAGCCGUGCCUGGUGAACCGAACUCGGACCCGGGUGAGGUAGGCACGUAUAGUGGGCAGAGCGGGUACGGUGGUGGCGUAGUCCGUCCACUUCCAAGCGUGCCCGUCCCAUUGAGCAGUAAAGCGCUCAUGGAACUCCGACGCGCCGGGACUGUGCACAAUGCGCCGCUCGGCCCGAGACCUGUAGGCGGGCCAGCUACUGGUAGUAGUGGACCGAACAGCUCGUCAGGGCGUACGACAAGUACGGCGCUCACGGGUAGCAGCGAUGACGUCCAUGCACGGCAGCUUCGCGCGGAAGUUGAUCUGCUGAGAAGAGAGAUGGCGGAGAUCAGGGCCGCUGGGUUGGAUUUGCCGCCGACGUACGAGGCUCAGUAG